AUGGCGGAGUCAAGCGAGAAAAGUAGAAGUGAGAGCAAGAAGUUAAAGGACGCUCCAGCAACAUUUAAAUCCAAAGUGUGGACUUACUUUGGAUUUUAUAACAGUGCUGACGGGGCAAAGCUAGAAAAGGACUACACAAUAUGCAAGAACUGCUUUGCAAAAGUCCGCUACACGGGAAACACGACCAACAUGCACAGCCACCUCUCGCGGCAUCACCCGGAGCUCUGUGAGAAAGCCGUGGUUGGUGCUGGCUCAAAGCCGACACACCCCGGCGUAAACACCCUUUUCCAGGCAAAGCUACCACCUUGUUCUGCUAGGGCAAAGUCAAUCACAAAUGGGAUCGCUGUUUACAUGUGUAAAGGGCUCCGUCCGUACAGCGAGGUGGAGAACGAAGGGUUCUGCUUUUUAAUGAAUAUCUUAGAGCCACGCUUUGAUAUUCCCUCUCGGAAAUAUUUUGCUGAAAAAAUUAUUCCGGCACUUUAUGACCAGACCAGGGCUAAAGUUGAGUCGGAAUUCGAGUCGGCAGAAAGAGUAGGGCUCACGUGUGACGGAUGGACAUCGAGAGCCACAGAGUCCUACAUAACGGUCACUGUACAUUUUAUAAACGAAGACUGGGAAAUUAAGUCAUAUGUCCUGCAAACCCGAGCAAUGCACGAAACGCACACUGGGACACACAUUGCCGAUGUACUGAAAGCCGCAGUGGGGGAGUGGAAUCUUGACGCUAAGAAGCCAGUGGUUGUCACCGACAACGCAUCAAACAUGCGUGUAGCAAUGGACUUGACAGGAUACCAACAUGUUAGAUGUUUUGCUCAUGUUUUAAAUCUUGCAUCCCAACGUGCGCUGAAAAUAGCUGCUGUUACCAAGGUACUUGUCAAAGUUAGGAGGAUCUCAACAUUCUUUCAUCGAAGCACAACUGGAGCAGAAGCACUGAAAAGAAACCAGGAACUCCUUGGCCUCCCCCUUCACAAGCUCAUCACGGACAUGCCUGUUCGUUGGAAUAGUGCCUAUGAGAUGAUCUCCAGGUUUCUUGAGCAACAGCCAGCUGUCUGUGCUGCCCUCUUAUCACCAGAGGUGAGAAAGAAUGUGACUGACUGUGCUCUGACAGAGAAUGACAUCUCAAGUGCUGAAAAUAUGGUGGAAGCAUUUAGACCAAUGCUUGUGGCAACAAAUAUCAUGUGUGAGGAAAAGAAUCCCACCAUUUCAGUGGUUGCUCCUCUUCAUGCCCAACUGCUGCGAGACACAACCAGCACUGAAGAAGAUUCCCCUCUGGUUCGAGAGAUUAAGGGAGCCAUCAAUCAAGACCUUUCAAAGAGAUAUCAAUCAGAGGUGGAAAAAGAUCUCCUACGCAUGUCCUCAGCCCUGGACCCUAGAUUUAAAUCCCUUUUAUUUCUGUCACCUGAAGAAGUGCAAGACACUUAUGCAAAACUACAGUCAAAAGCUGCAGCUUUAAAAGAGGAUGAUCCAGUGCCUUGUGGUGAUGUUCAGGGGGAUUUAGAGGAAGAGGAGACCUGCACAGCAAAAAAAAGAAAGUCUGCACUUGUUGAUCUUCUUGGUCAGACCUUCAAGAAGACCUCUUAUGUCUCUACAUCAGCAACCUCAAUUGCAGAGAAGGAGAUAAAACAAUAUCAAGAUGCUCCUUCUCUGCCUCUCACUGAAGAUCCACUGUUGUGGUGGAAAUCUCAGCAACAUGUGUUCCCUCUCCUUUCCAAGCUGGCCCAUAUGCAUUUGUGUAUUCCUGGGACCAGUGUAGCAGCUGAGAGGGUCUUUUCAACUGCAGGAGAUAUUAUCAGUGCCCAAAGAAGUUCACUCACUCCUGAACAUGCUGACCAACUCCUCUUUCUCAAGAAAAAUAUGAACAUAUAA